CACCACACCGUUGCAACGAUUGGUGACGUCGUGAUGAAAAAGAUCAUAAAAAUAAUCAAAUUCAACGCGAAAACAAAGCAUACAAUACCAUUUUCUAAAACCGGAAGUGUAUCUUCUAAUGGAACAAAAUCUCAUUCCUUAACUGAUCACUAAUGGCAUCGAGUUUACUUCUAAAUCGCCCUCAGUACGAGCAAACGUGUAAAGACUACCUAAAUCUAAAAACUAUCGCUGGAAAUAGCUGUGCAUGUCAACCGGAAAUAGUAAAGAAAUUCAAAAUUGCUCUAAUGCAGGAAAUAGUUUCCGUUAGAAAGUUAGAAGGCGCUGUGACACUAGAAGAUCUGUUUCUCCUGUUGGAAAGGCGGAAUUUAUUAAGUAUGUUAAACGUACAACUGCUGAUCAAAUUGGACCAUUUUAUUAGAGAUUUGGAUUACUCAAAACAUCUGGCAAAGUAUCGCUCAUCGUUGGAGGGCAACUAUAACUGGAUCAAGCGUUUCUAUCUUGAAGAUCUCCGCUACCGGGACCGUCGAACACUGCUGGAGAAGGAAAUUGAGCAAGCCAAGUUGGGUAACCCAAUUGUAGAAAAUACUACCCUAGAGCCACCAACGGCUAAUCCCGAUCCAAAAUCAGUCCAGCCUCCCAUUGAUAACAUCGAACCAGUAUCAGGAAAUAGGUUCAAUCAGAAUCGACACACAAUCUUCACACUAUUGAGCAAAGAAAUUGGCCGUAACUGGAACACUUUCGGGAGGCUUUUGCAGUUAAGUGACAGUCGGCUGGAGGAAAUUGAAUUCCGCCAUCCCAGAAACGUCAAGGCAAUUGUCGGUGAAAUCUUGGAAACGGCCGAGAAGGAGCAAAGGGAAGAUGGUCAGGACAUGUUCUUCCGCGUAUUACUGCAGGCACUAGUGGACUUUAGGCGUAAAGAUCUGAAAAAUAAAAUCGAAAAGUUGUUAAGAUGACUCAAUUGUA